CGCCAAAUCUCGAAUCGGACUGUUACACUGGCAAGACGAAAUUAUUCUUCUGAAUUUCGUUUAGUGUCAUACAGCCCUGAAUCAACCCAUCUGUGUAUGAUUGCAGGAUGUCAUCCGAAACCGAAUUUCGACCAGGUCAAGGUUCUUGGCAGCCUGCCGCUAGUGGGCUACAAGAUCCUCAGAUUUCUGCGGCAAUGUUCUCACAGCCAGGCGAGUACAUGGGUUUGGAUUCUAUUGAACCCUGGUCAAUGGACAGAAGCAUCAUGGGCCCGCUUGUGUCUGAGUAUGACCGGCACAUCGAUGAGAUGACAAGGAAACUACAGCUCUACCAGAGGCAAAUGGAAGACCUCAGAGUUAAACUUGAGACCGUCGUCCAAGAAAAUGAAAGGCUGCAUUCGGAGCUGCGCACAUCAGUGGAAAGACAUAUUCAGAUGUUGCCCGUGGGUUCUGGCUUAGAUGUGGACUCCGGAGCAGACGAUGUAAUCUUGAAGAGCCUAAAAGAACAGCUGGAACAUGUAGGCAAUGAGAAGCAGUGGGCUAUGGAUAUGUGGCAGACAUCUGUGCAGGAGGUGGAUAGGCUACAGAAGCUGCAUCAGAACUCUGUGACGGAUGGCCAAGCACAGGCUGCCCAGCACCAACAAAUUAAGAACCAACUAGUGCAAGUUCAGCAGCAUUUGCAGAAAUUUCAAACCAUGAACCAGAAGCUUGACCUGACGAACCAGCAGUUCCUGAAGACGGUGACGGAGCAGAGCUCGGAGCUGGAGGAGGUGCGUGGCCAAUUCAGACAGGCAAAGGUAGACCUGCGAACAGCGACUGGUAAAGUGGAGGAGAUGACACGCCUCCUUCAGAAUGUUCAGGAGCAGAUGCACAGGAAGGAAGAGGAUGCUGUGGAGGCACAGGGCAGAGAAGAGGCAUCAGAGCGGCGGCACCAGCAGCUCCAGACGGCCCUGGGGCAGCUGGAGGGCAGGCUGAAGGUGGCGACUCAGGAGGCGGAGCAGCUGCGACGGGAGCGCGUGGCGUGGGAGCGGCAGGUGGGCGACCUGCAGGGCCGCUGCUCCACGCUGGAGGAGGAGAAGUACGAGGCCUACGGGAAGGUGCGCGACUCCAUACAGCUGGCUGAGGAGGCCUCACUUCAGAAAGAACAGGCCCAGUUGCGAGAGAAGCAGAAGACGGAGGAGAUGGAGAAGAUGAAGGAGGCGAUGAAGCAGCUGGUCCAGGAUGCUGCCGUGAGGACUCGCAGGGAGGUGGAGAAUGUCAGGAAACAGUGCAACGUCCAGAUCCACCGGAUGGCAGAGGAGCUGUCUGCUCUCCAGCUGGAAUGUGCUGAUAAGGAAUCGCAGAUUGACCGGGCCCACCGGGAGAGGAAAGCAGUGGAGGAGGAACUCGAAAAGAUGUACAAAGAAGGAAGAAGUGGUGAGCCUGAGUUUCGUAAAAUGGAGGUCCUACAUCAACGGUGCCUGAAUGCGGAGCGGCUAAAGGACGAUAUACACCUCACUCUCCAGAGCACACAGACCAAGAUGAAGAAGAUGAAGAUGGAAUAUGCGGAGGAGCUGUCACGGUGCCAAGACGAGGUGCGUCGUCUGCAGGCCUCGCUGGCGGCCGCUCGUGACGACUGCGGCACCAUCAGCGAGGACCGCUUGCAGCUGCAGCAGGAGAACCAGCAGCUGCGCAAGGAGAUGGAGGAGCAGCGCAAAGCCAACCUGCUCGCACAGAGGAAAGCCAAACAGCAGGUUUCUCACAUGGAGCAGGAGUUCUCUGUGAAGGAACAGGGCCUGGACGCGCGGUUACGGGAGCUUGAGGAGAGCCGGCAGAGCUCCAGUGCCGACCUCACCCGGCUUCUGGUGGCCCAGCAGAAGACCACCAAACGCUGGAAAGAAGAGGCCAAAAAACUUGCCGAGGCCUUCGAAUCCAAGCUCAGCAGCCUCAAGAGUGAACUUCUGAGACAGAAGCAGCGAUCUCAAGAGCUAGAAAUUCAGCUGGAAACAGACCAUGAAAAAGUGCUUGAGUACGAGCGGCAGGUAGCGGAGUACCAGGACAGGAACGGCCGUUUGCAGAGGCGCCUAUCUCAAGCCGAGCAGAGAGCAACCACAGCCAGUCAGCAGCUUAGUAUGCUACAGAGACGGAAAGCUGCAUCUCUAGUGGAUCUGGACACAUUGUCAUGAGUGGAAAGGACACACCUUUCCACCCUCCACCCCACCCCUCAAUUUCCAAUUUUCCAAAAAUAAAAUAAAACAAAAUAUAAAUAUUUUACACAUAA